GGGUCAGCAGGGGUGAGAGGUCAUAGGUUAGCUUGUUGGCUGUACUUGGCUGUAGUAGUGAGAGUGAGUCCUGACAAGAUGGCGGAAGGCGGAGAUGCAGCAACGGUCGCGCACGAGGCGGGCAACGCCGUACAGGAGACCCCGAAGGCCGAGCCUGAGAAGGCGGCGGCGCCCGCGGAGCCAGCCCCUCCGGCGGAGCCUGCAGAGCCCACGGUGCGAACCAUCGUGUUGACGGGCCAUGGCGGCUACGACAAGCUGUCGGUACAGCAGAAGCCGCAGCCCAAGGCGGGGAAAGGCGAAGUGCUGGUCCGAGUCAAGGCGGCCGGACUCAACUUCUCCGAGCUGAUGGUCAGGCAGGGUCUGCACGACCGCAUGACCAAGCCACCCGUCGUCCUGGGCAUGGAGGCCGCAGGAGUCAUCGAGGAGCUGGGCGAGGACGUCAGCGGUCUCGAGGUUGGCCAGAAUGUCAUCUGCCUGGCGCAAACAGGAAUGUGGCGCGAGAUCGUGGCCGUGCCCGCCACCAACGUGUUCAUCAUGCCCGAGGAGAUGUCGUACGAGGAGGGAGCGGCCAUCCCGCUCAGCUACCUGACCGCGUACUUCAUGCUGUUCGACUUCGGCAACCUGCGGCCAGGGAAGAGCCUGCUUGUACACAUUGCUGCAGGUGGGGUUGGCUGGGCAGCUACGCAGCUUGCCAAGACAGUCGACAACGUCACAAUCUUUGGCACGGCCUCCGCUUCCAAACACGACGCCAUCAAGGAGAACGGCGUGGACCACCCCAUCGACUACCGGACGAGAGACUACGCUGAAGAGAUCAAAAACAUCAGCCCAAAAGGUGUGGACGUUGUACUGGACCCUCUGGGAGGUGCAGACACAUCCAAGGGUCUGCAGCUGCUCAGACCAAUGGGCAAGAUCGUCACUUACGGUUCAGCCAACAUGGUGAAGGGAGAGAACAGGAAUCUGAUGAAGAUGGCCAAAACCCUGUGGCAGUCCACCUCGGUCAGCCCUGUGUCACUGGUCAAGACUAACAAGGCCAUUGCUGGCUUCCAACUUGCACACCUCACAGGUGAAAUUGAGCUUGUACGCAGUGCCUUCCAGGAUAUCCUGAACAUGUACAAGGACGGGAAGAUCAAGCCACGCAUCGACUCUGUCUGGGCCUUCGAGCAGGUUGCCGAGGCAAUGCAGCAGAUGAAUGAACGGCGGAACAUCGGCAAGGUCAUCCUGUCACCGGAGAAGGAACCAACGAAGCCGGCAGAGGGCGACGCUGCGCCAACGUCACCCCUCAAGAAGAAGAAACCAUCGCUCUUCCGGCGACUCUCCAAACGAGCAUCACGGUCCAAGGAUGAGGGAGAGAAGAAGGAUGAAGUAAAGAAUGCAAAGAAAGAGUCACCCAUUAAGCAAGAGGAGCAGGAGAAGGCUGACGACAACAAGGCCACCAACGGACAUGUUCAGCAAACGCCUGAGGAUGAGAAGAUUGAGGACGAGGCUGCUGAGAAACUAAGGGCACGGCUCUCCGGGGGAGAUCCCAACAUAGAGGACACAGACAAGAUCGUAAAUGACAAAAUUGGUGCAGCUGAAGACAAGAUUGGGGAAGUUUCGAAGACAGUAGAUGGGAAGGUUGGAGAUGCAGAGAAAGCUGCAGAGAAAGCUGCAGAGGAAACUGCGGAGAACGUAGAGGAAAAGCUUGAAGAAGGAAAGGAAAAGGCGGAAGAUGUCAUACAGCAGACAGAGGAGAAAGUGGAUGAAGCUGUGAAGCAGGAGGAGGCCCCAACAGAGCCUGCCGCUCAGGAGGAGAAGAAGGAUGAAGCUCCAGCCGAAGAGCCGGAGAAGAUCGAAGUGGCCGUGGAAAACCCCGCCGAGACAGACGACGCCAAGGCCGCGGCUGCGGACGUCGUUCCCGACGACAAGCCGGUGGAGAACGAGGAAAAGGCCGACGGAGACGCGAGUCAAGAGGCGAACUAGGCGGGAGUUCCGCAGAGUUGUGACCGUAGAUAGCUUUGCCUAAUGGCUGUGGGACUACCAAAUUCUGGCUGCGAAGUGUCUUAGGUCGCUGCGCCCCUCGCAGGGUGCGAUUACAAGUGUGUUUUUGCUUGAGAAAUGAAACGGUAGCAUUUCCAAUGAUUGUAAAUGAUCGUGUCUGGAGAUUUCCAUAGCGACAGAACUAACUAACCAUCUCCCACCUUUCCUAAAGCUGAUUUUGAUUGUCUUUCUCUGUGCAUCAAUCUAUGAUCCCGACAAGGCAGCUCCUUUUACAAGCGUACCCAGGUAGCUUUUUUCACCUAGCAUCUAGAGGUAUACGAAAGCAAGUCCCAUUUGGCUGUAUUUUAUCCUUUACUCAAGCACCACUAUAUUUUAAACAAGAAACAUGAAUAUUGACCACUAUUGAGUGUAUUUAUAUUUUAUCGAAGCUAAAGUGCUGGGAAAGAAGGCUUGCCUGGGUAGGCUGUGAUUUUUUAACAAUGAUUAGACGUAGCAUGCCGCCGAGUAUGGCCCCAUUUUGUUAGGUACUGCCAAAUGUGUCUUGUCACACAAUUUUCAGAAUCUAAUGUUUUACUUAAUAUGAAUAAUGUUUUUAACUCAGAUUUUGUAAUGCCCCUCUUGCAUUGGAGCGAUACGUUAUGUCUACGCAAGGACGGUACGGCCGUACUUGACUUGCUCUGUGUGCCCGUUGGUCAAGAAAGACUGGAAUUGUACCGGGGCAUGUCAGUCCUGCUUUUUGUGGAACUUUGUAACUUUUAGUUAGCCAUAGUUUUAGGUCAUCUCUAGGUGUUAUUAUUAUGUGGAGUAAGUGUGCUUCUCACCGGCAGUGGUCGCCAACUGUCCUCUGCUCUUACAACCCAACCUGCAACCACCAUCAGAAUGUAGAAUUCAAGUCCAUUGUUAUGUAUAUGUUGCAUUGUAACCAAAGCAACAAUGUUGUUAGAUUCCACCACCUUGUUUCAGCAGUCUCUAUCUAGUUCAUGCCCAACAUACCAGCAACAGACCUGCUUUUCCUUGUAUACAGACAAUGUGAUAAAGUUGGAGUGUACGUUGGUAUACAGAGAAAUCUGGACUUAAAAUGUCUGCAUCGAAUCAUUUUUCAUGACCACAGCACUUACAUAGAAGUUGUUGCAUUCCCAUUGCAGUUGGGUUUGUAGGAAAUGAAGGACUAGGCACCAUUUCUGAGAGGGGAAAAUAAUUUCUAUAUGUGUAUAACUGGACGAUCCUCGGGCAGCCCAGUAACACAAUUGUCUAGAGCCUAAGCCUUUGAAGUGAUGUUUUCGUUUUGUUUUUUUCCCCGAAGUUCAGUUGCUUGUAGAUAAAUCAGUGAAGACUUGAGCAUUCCUUGCUGCAUGGCAAACUGGCACGAAAUCACAGCCAAUCAAGGCAUUCCACGGCAAGGCCGGUAAACGUACACCCUUCCGCCGCUUUCCCCACUGGAAUAAACACAUGGACUUGUCUUUUCUGGGUGUGCAGGGUUUUAUAUCACCUGUAAUGAUUCCAACACGUCAUGUACUAGUUCUAGAGAAGGCUCAAAGCUAACACCAACACUAAUCACGUUAUACCAAUCAGGUUUACUUCACAAAUUUGUAACCAUUUCAUUGGCUUAACUUCUCUUUCCCUGGAUUUUCUGAGGUUCUAUGUGUACAUGUGUAUGUGAAUAUUUAGGCUUAUGAUCAUGUUUGUGAGACUCCCUCGUCUGAGUGAAUGGUUGACAAUAAAAUUGAGCUUCCUUACAAAAUU